UUUUGGAGGACAGAUAUGCCUUCGCCUACAACAGAAAUAGCAGGAGUCAAUACAUUGACCAAUGGCAAUGACAUUGAACAAUUGAAAAAACACUUACCACAUGUGGAUUUUGAAACUGGCUUAAAACAUCGGACAGUUCGAAGAGAUCCAAUCACUGGGCUUGGAACACUUCCAAAAGAACAUAUAGAACUUGGACGUACAAGACAUUCUUCAGUUGGUAGACCAGGUUUCAAUUCUACACUGAUUGCAUGGGAUGUCGAUAAUGCUGCAUCGGUUAGCCAGACUAAUGGACACACUGUGAAGAAAACAAAACAGCCAUUACGUAAUCCUAUUGCUUUGACUGGAGAUCUUGGCAGUGAAGUGGAUAACUUACGUACAACAAACGGUCCUCGUAGUGGAACUCCUAGAGAACCACAACGUGAUCCUAUUUCUGGAAGAGGAAAUUUUGGUGAUCGUGAAUGGGAUCCUAUUGGUAGAUACAAUGGAAAAACUAGAAGGGCAAAAAGUUCAACAGGUAUUAGGACCAAUCCACUUACUGGUGAAAAUCUCAAAACAUUCACUGUAAUGGCAGAGGAAAGAUGUUCAGGCAGAGAAAAUGGUGUAUCCAAACGGAAUGUUUCAACAAAAAAUAUAUUCACUGGAGAAAACUGUGAGAACUAUACUGUAUCACCAGAAUUGAAGUCGCCAACAAAGCGCAUUCAACGAGAGCCUAAAAGGAAUGCUAUAACUGGUGAAAACUGUUCAACUUAUGAUUAUAAUUCAGAGGUAAGAGUAUCGAAAAAGCGUACACCGGUUAAACCAUCUAAUCCACUGAAUGGUGAAAAUGUCAGCGCUUUUAUGGUAUCUCAGGAAGAAAGACCACGUACACCUAAGCCAUAUGUAUACAAGAACACAGUGACUGGUGAAAAUCUUCAGAGUUAUAAAAUCACACCGAUUGAAAGAAAUGUUACUCCGAGAGUGGUCAAAGAACGACAAAAUCCUUUAAGUGGAGAGAAUGUUGAGUCGUACACUUAUCGUUUAGGUGAGGGUAAACGAACUGUGAAGAAAAGAGAUCUCAGCUCACCCCUAACUGGAGAUGGUUCACGUGGUCGAACAUACACUGUAUCUAUUGAAGAAAAGCAUUCAUCUCAACCAAAUUUAGCUACAAACGGACAUGAUUCAACAAACGGUACACAAGUAACAAGAACUCUGAGAAAUAUAUUGACUGGUGAAAAUUGUGAUACUUAUAGUGUAUGCCAAGAGAUGCGUAGUGAAAAGUUGGAUGGAACUGCGGGUCUUCAAGGAGGAUUACAUAGAAAACCUGCUUACAAUAUCAUAACAGGAAUUUAAAUUAAGCGCACAAAAACAAACAAACAAUGGAACUACUCGACGCACUCAUUGGGAUGACAAAGCGGUGUGUUUUCCUUUUUCUCUUCUUCAAAAAAAUAUUCCCAUCUCUUGAAACAAAAAAAUAUCCAAUGUAAAGAACAACUAAUCAAAAAAAAAAAUAAUAAUAACUAGAGAUGACAUAACAUACACAUAGAUACACAUAGUUCCAGUUAACACUGUAGUAAGGCACCGCCUAUUGGUUUAUUUCUCCGACCAGUGUUCGAGUACACCUAGGUAUGCCAGUGUGCCUGUUUGUGUUUGUGUGUUUGCUGUGAGUAUGUGCUUUUAUACAUUUUAUUCAUUUGUUUCAUACAAUUCUUACAAAUACACAGCUACCAAUCCCUGCCCCCUACACAUAUACAAAAAAAAAACACAUUUUCACUUGCCUAUUUAUUAUUUGUUUACCCAGUCAGUCAUAGACAUUAACACUUAAUUAAUUACCUACUGUCACCAGUUGUUCACUGCCUUCAUGUUUGUUGCCUUGGCUAUUUAUUUGUCUAGCCAAAUCUGCGUGAACCCAAAUCAGCAUGACUGGCUGAAGAAAGGUUUGGUCAUUUAUGUAUCCUUCACAUAACACAUUUUUUUUUCUUUUGCUUGAUCCCACCACUAAUGCCAUUGUUUAAAUGCAUU